AUGAAGAAUCCUAUGAUAGAGAAAUUAGUAAUGAAUAUAGAAGAUAAAUAUGGAUAUGUACCAUUUGGUUAUGAAUUAACAAGACGUGAAUUUAAAGAUAUUAAAGAUUUAGAUAAUUCAAUUAAUAAAAAUAUUUGGAUCCGUGGUAGAAUACAUGAAUUACGUGGUAAAGGUGGAAUAUGUUUUUUAAUAUUAAGACAACAAAGAGAAUUAUUACAAUGUGUAAUUGAUAGUAAAUCUGAAAAUAAUACUAAAGAUAUGGUCAAAUGGACUUCAACAUUAUCAUUUGAAUCAAUAGUUGAUGUAUAUGGUAAAGUAGUAGUACCAAAUAUGCCAAUAUUAUCAACAACUUCAUCAAGUAAAUUAAUAAAUUUUCUAUUAAAUUUAGAUGAAUUAAAUGUUUCUAAAAUCUUCUGUAUCUCCAAAUCUUCAACUAAUUUACCAUUUCUAUUACGUGAUGCUAAUAAUACUGAUAAUGAAGAAUAUACAAAUAAUCCCAAUGUUAUAAAAGUAAAUCAAGAUACAAGAUUAGAUAAUCGUGCAUUAGAUCUUAGAUGUUUUAUGAAUAAUAUAAUAUUUAAGAUACAAUCAAUAGUUUGUCAAUUAUAUAGAGAAUUUUUAUUAUCAAAUGAUUUUAUUGAGAUACAUACACCUAAAUUAUUAAGUGGUUCUAGUGAAGGUGGUUCAUCAGUAUUUAAAUUUAAAUAUUUUGAACAAGAUGCUUGUUUAGCACAAUCACCACAAUUAUAUAAACAAAUGGCAAUUUGUGGUGAUUUAAAACGUGUAUUUGAAAUUGGUCCAGUAUUUAGAGCUGAAAAUAGUAAUACACAUCGACACUUAUGUGAAUAUGUCGGAUUAGAUUUAGAAAUGGAAUUAAAAAAUAAUUAUAUGGAAGUUGUUAAUUUAAUUGAUGAAAUGUUAAAAUUCGUUUUUAAUGGUUUAAAAAAUUCCAAUGAAAUUAAUUAUUUCUAUAAACUUAAUCCAUCUAUACAACCAUUUCAAUUCUUAAAUCAAACACCAAAAAUUACUUUUCAACAAGCAGUAGAAAUGUUAAAUGAAAUAGUUGAAAUACCUAAAGAUUUAAAUGAAUAUGAUUUUACUACAGAACAUGAAAAAUUAUUAGGGAAAAUUAUUAAAAAUAAAUAUAAUACUGAUUAUUAUAUUAUUUAUCAAUAUCCACUUAAUGUAAGACCUUUUUAUACUAUGCCACUUGAUUGUUCCAGAACGGUGCUUGGUCCAACAGGUACAGGUACAGAAGUUACUAGUACUAAUGAUACUAACAAUACUAAUAAUACUAAUAAUACUAAUAAGGAUACUAAGGAUACUAAGGAUACUAAUAGUACUGAGGAAACUAAUAAGGAUAAUACAGUUGUACCAGGUACUGUAGGUAGUCCUCCUAAGGAUACUAACACUACUACUAAUACUAGUACUGGAGAUGGUACAGUUGGAGCAAGCACCGUAACGGGAGACACCGUUACUGAAAGAACAAUUUGGAGUAGAAGUUAUGAUUUUUUUAUGAGAGGUGAGGAGAUAUUAUCAGGUGCACAACGUAUUCAUGAUAGUGAAGAAUUGGAAAAGAGAGCAAAAGAAUGUGGAAUUGAUGUUAAUACAAUUAAAGAUUAUAUUCAAGUAUUUAAAUAUGCUUCAUUUCCACAUGCUGGUGCUGGUAUUGGAUUAGAACGGGUUGUUAUGUUAUUUCUAGGACUCACUAAUAUACGUAAAACUUCCAUGUUCCCAAGAGAUCCUAAACUUAAUGAAUCAAAAUUUUCUAUUUUAAAUUCAUUUAAUUCAUCAAAUGUUAAUAAUAAAUUGCCAUCCAAUUCUUCAGUUACUUCAGUUGUUUCAUCGGAUUCACCAGUUGUUUCAUCGGAUUCACCAGUUGUUUCAUAA